AUGCGGAUUCUGCUUCUUGGCAGCGGCGGGAGAGAACACGCCCUCGCUUGGAAACUUUCCCAUUCAUCGCUUGUAAAACACGUCUAUGUCUGUCCAGGCAAUGGUGGCACAUCCCAGCUCCCAAAAACGUCCAACAUAUCGCUCAAUCCAUCCGAUUUUCCUGCUCUUGUUGCUUUCGCCCUCGAAAAUCAGGUAACUCUGCUCGUUCCCGGACCGGAGCAGCCGCUCGUCGAUGGGGUCGAGACCCAUUUUCGCAAAGUCGGAAUACCCGUCUUCGGUCCAAGUGCACUCGCAGCCCGAAUGGAGGGCUCUAAGGCGUUUUCCAAGGACUUUAUGGCCCGCCAUUCCAUACCAACUGCCAAAUACAAAGUUUUCUCUUCAUCGCAAUUCGACGCUGCAGUCGAUUACGUCAAGACGUGCGGUCAUCCAGUUGUUCUCAAGGCAGAUGGGCUUGCUGCAGGCAAAGGCGUUCUGAUUCCGGAGACCAUCGAAGAGGCAGUAAAAGGGCUGAAAGAGCUAAUGGUUGACAGUUUGUUUGGAAGUGCAGGAGAUCAAGUUGUGAUUGAAGAGCUAUUAAUCGGUUCUGAGGUCUCAGUGCUAGCAUUUUCAGACGGAUACUCGAUAUUUCCUUUGCCUGCAGCUCAGGAUCACAAACGAAUUGGUGAUGGAGAUAUAGGACCAAACACCGGCGGAAUGGGUGCUUAUGCCCCUGCACCCGUAGCCACUCCCGCAAUUACACAACAAAUUCUCUCAGAAGCUCUUCAGCCGACAAUCGAUGGCAUGAGACGAGACGGUUUUCCAUUCGUCGGAAUGUUGUUCACUGGGUUUAUGCUGACAGUAGAUGGCCCAAAGGUGUUGGAGUACAACGUUCGUUUCGGAGAUCCCGAGACUGAAGCAUUAAUGUUGCUACUAUCUGAAGACUGUGAUCUGGCUGCUAUCCUUUUGGCCUGUGCAGAGCACCGUCUUGACUCUGUCAAAUUGACGAUCCGACCAGGUUAUGCGGUCUCGGUAGUUCUUGCGUCUGCUGGAUAUCCAGGGUCGUAUCAAAAGGGCAAAGUCAUUGACUUGACUGCUGUGCCUACAAAUGCCGUUGUUUUCCAUGCAGGCACUUCGUCCUCUGAAGGCCAAGUUCUCACCGCCGGCGGUCGCGUAUUAGCAGUAUCUGCUCAUGCUUUGACCUUGCAGGAGGCAUUGGACAUAGCUUAUGCAGCUGUGGACAAAAUCUCAUUUGAAGGCAAAACAUACCGACGAGACAUUGGUCAUCGAGCAUUAAAACCACCGACCGAGCAGACAGGUUUAACUUAUGCGCAAGCAGGUGUUUCGGUCGACGCUGGGAACCUUCUCGUCGAAACGAUCAAGCCCUAUGUCCGCUCUACUCGCCGGCCCGGUGCUGAUGGUGAAAUCGGUGGCUUUGGAGGCGUCUUCGACCUGCACGCUGCCGGGUAUCUUGAUCCAGUCCUGGUCAGUGGAACAGAUGGAGUUGGGACCAAAUUGCGGGUCGCUGUUGAUGUCGGCAUCCACGAUUGUGUUGGCAUUGACCUUGUGGCCAUGUCGGUCAACGAUCUACUUGUGCAAGGCGCCGAGCCGUUGUAUUUCCUGGAUUAUUACGGGUGCAGCAAGCUUGAUGUCUCUGUUGCUUCCCAAGUAGUGAAAGGAAUCGCGGAGGGAUGCCGACAAGCGGGAUGCGCUCUCAUUGGCGGAGAGACUGCUGAAAUGCCCGGAAUGUAUCAAGAAGCAGGGGACUACGACCUCGCCGGCUUUGCUGUCGGUGCCGUUGAGCGAUUGUCGAUCCUGCCGAAGCGCAACAUCAUGGCGGGGGACAUCGUGCUCGGAAUCGAGUCGUCUGGACUGCACUCGAAUGGCUUCUCCCUCGUCCGCAAAAUCAUCUCACGAACAGGUCUGGCGUACUCCGCGCCAUGUCCUUGGGAUGAACAAAUGACGCUGGGCCGCGCGCUUCUCGAGCCGACACGGAUCUAUGUCAAACAAGUGUUACCUGCUGCAAAAGCAGGGCUGUUAAAGGGCAUGGCCCACAUCACUGGUGGCGGGUUCAUCGAGAACAUACCAAGGGUUCUCCCGCCUGAUUUGGGAUGUGUUGUCGAUGCUGCAACAUGGCAACUUCCGCCAGUGUUUCGGUUCCUCAUGGAGCGCGGUGGAGUUGCACCGCUGGAAAUGGCGCGGACAUUCAACAACGGCCUGGGGCUGGUCUGCAUUGUCAGUCACAAGGACGUCGAUGUUGCGCUUGAUGCGUUGGAGCGGAACGGCAGCGCCAAGGUGUUCAAGAUCGGCGAGGUCGUUGCCAAGCCCGGCGUGGAAAUGCGGAAUCUCGAGAGGUGGUCUUGA